CAGGUGCCACCUGAGCAUUCUGUGGCUGAUGACAUCACCUGCACACGACCAACUGCCGUUCACUCUCUGCUGGCGACCGACGUGACUGGACCGAGGUCUACAGACUGAAGGAGAACUGCGGAAAUGGCGUCCACUGGACAUGGAGAAGAUGGCGAGGAGGAGAAGAGGAAGAGCGAAGGCAAGAGGAAGAGGGAAGAGGAAGGCGAGGAUGGAGUCUUGAAGAGGAGACGAGAUGACGAUGGAGGAUCGGAGGAUGAGGAGCAAACACCUGGGAUGGCGUCCACUGGACAUGGAGAAGAUGGCGAGGAGGAGAAGAGGGAAGAGGAAGGCGAGGAUGGAGUCAAGAGGAGGAGAGGAGACGAUGAUGGAGGAUCGGAGGAUGAGGAGCCAACACCUGGGAUGGCUUCUACUGAACAUGAAGAAGAUGGCAAGGAGGAGAAGAGGAAGAGCGAAGGCAAGAGGAAGAGGGAAGAGGAAGGCAAGGAUGGAGUCUUGAAGAGGAGAGGAGAUGACGAUGGAGGAUCGGAGGAUGAGGAGCCAACACCUGGGAUGGUGUCCACUGGACAUGGAGAAGAUGGUGAGGAGGAGAAGAGGAAGAGGGAAGAGGAAGGCGAGGAUGGAGUCAAGAGGAGGAGAGGAGAUGAGAAUGGAGGAUCAGAGGAUGAGGAGCCAACACCUGGGAGCAGCCAAGGAACAUCGGACCCCUACCCCAGGCUUACCAUCAGCCGCUACAACCUCCACCAAGUCCUGGGUAGAGGCAACUUCGGCAAAGUGGUCCUGGCAUCAGUCCCUGGCCGUGACACCUACAUGGCUGUAAAGAUCAUCAACAGAAGAGAGGACAACGAGGAAACCAUCAAGAGAGAGCGGCGGAUACUCCUGGCGGCCCGAGACUGUCCAUUUCUAUGCCACCUUUAUGCUGCACAUCAGUCUCUGGAGCGUGCAUACUUCAUCACGGAGUACCUGUCCGGCGGCAGUUUGGAGGAUUUGAUCAGGAUUUGCUGCUACCUGGACAUCGACAACAUAAGGUUCUACGCAGCAGAGAUGGUAUGCGGCCUCCAGUUCCUCCAUGGACAUAACAUCGUUCACCGAGACCUCAAGCCAGAGAACAUCAUGUUGGAUGCAGAAGGCCACAUCCGGAUCAUUGACCUGGGCCUGGCACAAGAUGGAGUCACAGCCUCUAGUAAGAUCGACGGAGUGACAGGAACAUUCUACUACAUGGCCCCUGAAGUGCUUCUCGGACAAGAAUAUUACACAGCCGUUGACUGGUGGAGCCUUGGGGUUGUGUUUUGCAGAAUGGCGACAGGAUGCUUCCCAUUUUACAUCAGCCACAGCAAGCAGAAGGUUUUCAAAGCCAUCACCAGAAAGGAGCCCAAAUUUCCACUCGGGAUGGAUGCUGCUAUUGAACAUCUCAUCAGUCAACUUCUGCGCAAGAAUCCCGAUAAGCGCCUGGGGGUGCGCAGAAACAUCCGGAAGCAUCCAUUCUUUUCCAUCAUUCACUGGGAGGAACUGGAAGAGAGGAGAGCCAAGCCACCAUGUAAGCCGUUUGGGACAGUUCUACAAAAUCACCAUCUGCAGUGGCCGGAGGACACAGAGAACCCCCACCUUGUGACCGGAUUCAAUUAUACGUCACCAAGUUGGGUGCGGUAAGAACAUCCUCCUCGGGGGAUAACUAUCAUCACAUGUUCUUCACUUCUAGACUCUGAGGAUCCCGCGCCUACUGCCCAGAACCUCCGGCCUCCUGAUCCAGGCCUCAAGUCUCUGCUGCUGUUACCUCGGCUGCCCUAGAACAUCAUCUCUCACCUUUGCCAUUGUGUUGCUGCCCCAGGCCUUUACCUGGCAUCACCACUCACUCACCACAUACACUACACUGCACUUACCACACACACUACACUAUAGGGAUAGGCGCACA